UCAAGCUCGGGUUAAUUGCGAGAGAGCAGCUGGAAGAGCCCCCCUCCUCUUCCACGCUGCCAAUCUGUUCGUGCCUCUGAUUUUCCACACAUUCUGCUCUCUGGUCUCUGUUUACCUCUGUCUGCUGCUUUCUCCACCCCUUUCCCUCAGUCUCUCAUGCUUUCGCGCUCCCUCCCACAGCUCGCUAUCUCUCCUCCCCUCGUGCCUUUAAAGCCAGCAGUCUGCUCGUCACUCCAGGGCUGCUUGCUACAUGAUCUCUCGGAAAACAGCGUCCGCGUCUUGCUCGAGCCGCUUCAUGUGCAAACCUUAAGAUUUCUUGCCCAGGACGGCAGGAUGCUCCUGCGCUGGCACUGAUUCUCUGCUCAGUUUUCCCUUCCCCUCCCCUUUCCUAAUCUCCUGCCCUCUGACCCUCAUCCCUCUACCCCUGACCCUAUUCCCUCUCUUUUCCCCCUCUUUCUUGACCAUGUUGCCAUGUGUUUACCGGCUCCAGCCUGUCCUUGCCUUGCUCUUCUUCGCUUUGUUCACUCAAGGGGAAAACUGUCCAGCAACCUGCCUUUGCCCAGACCCUCACACUGUGGACUGUAGCGGGCGUGGACUUACCCGUCUUCCAGAUGAGAUCCCCUUGGACGUGCGGAGGCUGCUGUUGGCGAACAACUGGAUCCCACGGAUUCCUUCGGAUUUCCUCGUGCUCUACAGCGACCUGGUCUACCUGGACCUCCGUAACAACUCACUCUCGCACAUUGAGCCAGGCACCCUUAGCACUUCCUCCAGGCUGGUUUUCCUGGACCUCGGUUGCAAUAACCUGACCGAGAUCCCCAAAGGGACUUUUGGGGAGUCGAGGAGCUUAAUUAAGUUGCGCUUGGGCAACAACCCACAUUUGAGCAUGGUCAACGAAGAUGCUUUCAUGGGUCUUACCUCCUUGCGUGAACUAGAACUAGAACGCAAUGCCCUGUCCGGGCUACAGGUGGGUGCCCUCAGCCAGCUUCCCUCUCUCAGGGUGGUAAGGUUAGAGGGCAACCCUUGGGUGUGCAACUGCAACUUUGCCAACCUGUUCACCUGGCUGGUGGAAAACAGUCACAAGCUUCCCAAUGGUAUAGAGGGUAUGGAGUGUUCCUUGCCCACCGACGGACGCCGCGUGUCUCUCAGCCGGCUCUCCCAGGACAGUUUUCGGGAGUGCCAGAUCACCCUCACCCUCACUGAUUUCCUCAUCAUCAUCUUCUCGGGCAUCUCCGUCUCAGUGGCCGCCAUCAUGGCCAGCUUCUUCCUGGCGUCCACCGUCCACUGCUUUCAGCGCUGGAGCAAGGGUACUAAAGGAGACGAGGAGGAGAGUGAAGAAUGAGGAGGGGGUUUAGAGCUGAACGACCUUCAAUCUGAUUCAGAGCUGCCAGUUCCUGACAGAGUUCAAACAAACAGCGUGACUGAACAGAGACCAGGUAGAACUCGAGCAGAAAUAACCUGAUUGAUAGUGUCAGCACUAAUAAAGUGAUUAGUAGGGACGCAGUACCCUCAAAAUCAAAGGAUAUUUGGUAUGAAAGCAAGCCUUAGUAUGCAAACUUCCAGGGAUUUACUUGUUAAAGGAAAUUCUUUGAGAUCUUGUCCUGCAGUAGAGUUUCAGUGUUGUUGAAUACUCGUGUCCGUAGAAUUUCCCUUCAUGUAGUCAAUAUAAAGUUAGCCAAAUACAACUGUGCUACUUGUUGAUUGUGCCAAAUUAGCACAGGUAGACAGCAAUGAUUCAAACAAGCACUAAUGAUCGAUGGUGAGGAAUUAUCGCAUGCAAGGUAAUGUUGCAGCUUUAUACAGCCAUGUAUACAUGAUAGAAGCCAUUUUCCUUCAAGUUUGAAAGACGGGAAAAAAUAACUUAGACCUUAGAGAGAUUUCAGAAAGCAUUACCUGUAAUUGAAAGUAUAGAGCUUAAUGUGAAUAGUCGUGUCAAAUACCGCACUUUAAAAUGGUCCUACCUGACAUCGGCCCUCAAACCACCAGGUACACUGGUUCAGCCCAGAUCUGCCAAAGAAUGCUUUGAUUGAGGGACUGAGGUUAAUGUGUUUUGAAAUAUAUAUUUAUUUUCUUUAAAGAAAGUUUGUGAU